AUGAGGAUAUACGGUGGAACAAAAGCCCCACAGAGGAAGUGGCCCUGGCAGGUGAGCCUGCAGUCCUAUAACACACACGUGUGUGGAGGCUCCCUCAUCACCAAUCAGUUAGUGCUGACCGCUGCCCACUGUGUCGUUGGUAGAAUAAGGGACUACAAGGUGAUGCUGGGAAACAAUGAGUUGUUUCAGUUUGAUGAGAAUGAAGUUGUGGUUCCAGUUAAAGACAUUGUUCCUCAUCAAUAUUAUGAUGUUCAACAAGUGACUAAUGACAUUGCCAUUGCUCUGCUGGACUUUCCUGUGAAUUAUUCCUCGUACAUUCAGCCUAUCUGCCUGCCUGAAAGGCCUUUCACAGUGAAGGCUGAGACAUUGUGCUGGGUGACUGGAUGGGGCCGCAUGGAGGGGAAUGGAAUGUUGAUUGGUAUGUCAGGACCUGGGGGCAUGGGUGACAGGGAGAGGGCAGAGCAAGUGCAGUGGUCCAGCAGUCUGGGGGCAGAUCUUAAAAAGUCUAAGGAUGAUUUGCACAUCUGGAGCAAUGAGAUAGCAGAUGUGUCUAGAGAGGGAGAUUCUGGGGGCCCUCUUGCCUGUGAAGUUAACAACACGUGGAUCCAGAUGGGUGUCGUGAGCUGGGGCUACUUUUGCGGUGUCCUUCCUUCUGUUUACACAGAUGUCAUCCAGUAUAAGAAGUGGAUCCGUGAUAUUUUAAAUCAGGCUUCUCAUAUAUAUUCCAUGGGAGUCAGUAUGCUGCUUAUAUGUCUUAUGCUGCCUGAGGCCAUUCUGGUGACUGUGUGA